AUGAAAGUAAUUACACCUCUUCUUGUUCUGUUAUGGAUUGUAACAUUGUCAUGGUAUGUCAACAUAUCGGAAGCAGCGCUUUCGAUUCUCCGACUCGACUCAUCUUCCUCACAAAUAAGAACGCCUUCUGCCUCUGUUCAUGGUAUGAAAAGUUUGAAAGGAAAUAGAAUACCGAAGCCAAUAAUUUCAACAAUAGAGAAAUUGCAAGGUUGGAAUCAAGUGAAUGUCAACAGUCAACAAUCAAGACUUGCAUGGUUUUCAAAUGAAAAUCGUCAGUCUUCUGAUUUUUCAAUUUCCUUAUCGAAUGUUGCAACUCAAAUCGAAGAAUCUUCGUUUUUAUUGGAUACAGCUCGUUCGCGAUUACUUUUUCUUCAUACUACAAUUCCAUCAUCUCAAGAGGAUGAACAGAAUGAGAGUUUAUCGAAUACCAUAUUAGGAAUUUUCAAUUUGCAAACUUUACGUUACGUGUCAAAUUUUGAGAAUGACGUUCUUCCCUCCGAAUUACAAAUGCUUGACCACGACGUCGUGAUGCCUCUUCCUGUAUUGGAUCAAUUUGGAAAUUUCUACAUUAUUCGAAAAAACAUUUUGAAUGGAAGAAAUUAUUUAUUGAAACUUGACACUUCUUCCAACUUUCCAGAAAAGCAUUCCAAAUGGACCAUUCUCUACGAAAGUGAUGGUUUAAUGGAAGUCAUGCAUAGUUUGUUAUUAAUCCAAGAUGACGAAAACCAAGAUUCGAAAAUUCUUCUCUCAACAAGUCGAAAAAUUCUUUGUCUCUUGUCAACUAGUGAAAACAAAAUCUUGUAUGAAAUUACCAAUGAAUCGAAUAAGGGUUAUUUUGGUCAAUUGAUUCGAGACGGUAAAAGUCCAUACGUCUAUGCCACGGUUUAUGGAGGAUUGGUUCAAUUUGAAGUUGCCACUGGACAAGUAAUUUCUGAAACAAGUUUUGACUCUUCUUUGGUUCCUUAUCAUGUGAGUUCGAUGGAGGAUUUUUUGAUAACCUUAUCUCAAUUUCGAACACUGGAUGGAUCAAUGAUUUUUGCUACUGCCUUUUUGAAAAGAAAUCUGUCCCAGUCGACCCAAUCAAUUACCUUGACAAGUGACAGACCUGGCGAAUGUUCCAAUGCCAUUUCCAUGUCGAAUAAUCAUGUGGUCAUUUUGUGUCGAACCAAACACGAACAAGAUAUCAGUAAGAAUCAAUAUACCUUGUUAGGAAUGCAAGUCAACUCUGAAACUUUACAGAUUGAAAAGAAAUGGACAUUGGACGUUUCGAAACAAGCAUCUAUUUCCGUUUGUUCUUUACAAAUUGCUCAAAUUCAUGAGAAUGAUCAAUCCGUGGAUGGAAUUGGUGUGGCAUGUGACAGUUCUUGGUUAACAAUUGAUCCUUUCAGUGGAACAGUGUUGAACAUGAAAAAUGGAAAGUUUGUGGACAGUGAACAAACUCAAAUCAUUUCUACCCUUAAUGGAAUGAUUUACGCGUUACAACCUCAUGUCCAACGAAUCGAUGGAGUGUCUCUGAAGUAA